GAGGCGCGGCCGCUCCCACUCACACUGACAGCGGGGAGCCGGACCUGUCGCACCCAGACACACUCAGGGGGAAAGCAGCCUGCAGCAUCAGUUACAGCCGCUCUGAAGCCACAGGUUGUGAAUUUACCGGAGGAACCAUGUCUAAGGGACCAGCAGUUGGCAUUGACCUGGGCACUACCUACUCCUGCGUGGCAGUGUUUCAACAUGGCAAAGUUGAGAUCAUUGCCAAUGACCAGGGAAACAGGACCACGCCCAGUUAUGUUGCCUUUACUGACACUGAGAGGCUGAUUGGGGAUGCAGCCAAGAACCAAGUUGCCUUGAACCCCAACAAUACAGUAUUUGAUGCAAAACGUCUUAUUGGACGUCGGUUUGAUGACAGUGUUGUCCAGUCAGACAUGAAACUCUGGCCGUUUACAGUUAUCAACGAUUCCGCACGCCCCAAAGUUAAGGUGGAGUACAAGGGCGAGAACAAGACCUUUUACCCAGAAGAGAUCUCCUCCAUGGUGCUGCUUAAAAUGAAAGAGGUUGCUGAGGCAUAUCUUGGCAAGACUGUCACAAAUGCUGUAGUGACCGUGCCUGCCUACUUCAAUGACUCUCAGCGCCAGGCCACCAAAGAUGCAGGGACAAUCUCUGGCCUUAAUGUCCUUCGUAUCAUCAACGAACCCACUGCUGCUGCUAUUGCUUAUGGCCUGGACAAAAAGGUUGGAGCUGAGAGAAAUGUGCUCAUCUUUGACCUGGGCGGUGGCACAUUCGAUGUCUCCAUCUUGACUAUUGAAGACGGCAUCUUUGAGGUGAAGUCCACAGCAGGUGACACACAUUUGGGUGGUGAAGACUUUGACAACCGCAUGGUCAACCAUUUCAUCUCCGAGUUCAAACGCAAACACAAGAAAGACAUCAGCGACAACAAAAGGGCAGUUCGUCGUUUGCGCACAGCAUGUGAGAGGGCAAAGCGCACUCUGUCGUCGAGCACCCAGGCCAGCAUCGAAAUCGAUUCGUUGUACGAGGGCAUCGACUUCUACACCUCGAUCACCAGAGCCAGGUUUGAGGAGCUGAAUGCCGACCUGUUCCGAGGAACCCUGGAGCCCGUGGAGAAGGCCCUCCGUGACGCCAAGAUGGACAAGGCUCAAAUCCACGACAUUGUCUUGGUGGGGGGUUCUACUCGCAUUCCCAAGAUCCAGAAGCUGCUGCAGGACUUCUUCAAUGGAAAGGACCUCAAUAAGAGUAUCAACCCCGAUGAGGCUGUCGCGUACGGUGCAGCUGUGCAGGCAGCCAUCUUGUCAGGCGACAAAUCUGAGAAUGUGCAGGACCUGCUGCUGCUGGAUGUGACCCCCUUGUCUCUCGGCAUCGAGACUGCAGGAGGGGUCAUGACUGUUCUCAUCAAGAGGAACACCACCAUCCCCACGAAGCAGAUGCAGACCUUUACCACCUAUUCAGACAACCAGCCUGGUGUGCUCAUUCAGGUGUUCGAGGGUGAAAGGGCCAUGACCAGAGACAACAACCUUCUGGGGAAAUUUGAGCUGGUUGGAAUCCCACCAGCCCCACGUGGUGUUCCUCAGAUUGAGGUGACUUUUGAUAUCGAUGCCAACGGCAUAAUGAAUGUGUCUGCGGCUGACAAGAGCACUGGGAAAGAGAACAAGAUCACCAUCACCAAUGACAAAGGUCGCCUGAGCAAGGAAGACAUUGAGCGCAUGGUCCAGGAAGCGGAGCAGUACAAGGCUGAGGACGAUGUGCAAAGAGAGAAGGUGACUGCCAAGAACGGGCUGGAGUCCUACGCCUUCAAUAUAAAGUCCACUGUGGAGGACGAGAAGCUGAAGGACAAGAUCAGCGAUGAAGACAAGCAGAAGAUUCUGGAUAAGUGUACCGAGGUCAUCAGCUGGCUGGAUAGAAACCAGUCUGCAGAGAAAGAGGAGUUUGAGCACCAGCAGAAGGAUCUGGAGAAGCUGUGUAGCCCCAUCAUGACCAAGCUGUACCAAAGUGCAGGCGGGGCUCCGGGUGGGAUGCCCGGCGGCUUCCCCGGAGCAGGUGCUGCUCCUGGAGGAGGCUCCUCCUCCGGCCCCACCAUCGAGGAGGUCGAUUAAACUAGAGGUUCAACAGGCAUGCAUGAGCUCUUUCCGCUUGGGAGGCUGGCGUGAAGGUUUAUCGCGUUUAUAUUAUCAUAAGUAGUCUGAACCAUUAAUCACAUUUCUUUGGGGAUUGUUAAGACAAUUGUUUUGUAUGCCCGGCUAAAGCCAGCACUUGCACUGUGACUUUUUGGUAAGCAGUAUUUCUGAGCAACUAUUCUUCUUUCACCUAAACUAGUUCAUGUUUGUAUUACACCAGUGUUUUUCUUGGUUGUUCUAUGAAGCUGAAAUGGUUGCUAUUGCACAAUAUUUUGCAAAAUGAGACUAAAUAAAAGAUUCUUUUGGUUUUGGA